AUGGCUGAGCGAGACUUCCCGGUGGUUGGGCCGGGGCCCGCGGAGAGCCAUGGGGCCCGCGGUCUGCGGCCAGUCCCAGGCGCCACCGCGCUGCCUCCGCCAGGGCCGGUCAUCGCACGCUACGUCCUGGGUGCGCCGUACUCGCCGGCGCACAAAGACUCUGGGUGUGUGGUCGCACAGCAGUCGCCAAGCGUGCUGCUGAGCAGGGCUGCCGCGGGACCGCGUGGCGGCGGCGAGCGCGACCGCGGGCGCGUGGUGGCAGUCGACGCACCCGUCGGCGCAGCAGGAGGACCCGCGGGCGCCGGCGCCGAGGCGGCCUCGCUGGGUUCCCUGCCGCCGUGGGCGAGCACGAACAGCGCUUUCUGGGAACGGACGGCGCCCAGCUUCCACAGCGCCUCCAUGGGGACGUCGCCCGACUUGCGGCGCCGUUCGUCACUGGGCCACCCGCUCGCCAACGCCAUCAACGCGAGGAUGCUUCAGCACAGCGCCACGAAAUCAGAGUUCGGCGUGUUCGAAGAGGACGAGUUUUUGUACAAGCCCGAGGUCGUGCCUGGGCCCUUCAGGGAGGCGAGCCGGAUUCUGCUGUCAGACUACCUCAACGGACUCCUUGCGUGCUUGAUAGUUUUCAGCAUGGCCGUCCUCGUCGUCGAGGCCGACUGCAAGACGAGCGGUGAGGACAUGCCGCAGUGGGCGGUUGCGUCGGAGUGGGCAUUGGGGAUCGUCUACGUCAUGGAGAUCCUCGCGCGGCUGGUGGUUUUCCAGUGGCGCUUUUUCAGGUAUCUGUACAACAUCGUGGACCUUGUCGUCAUCAUUUGCGACGCGGCGCUCUGGAUCAUGGCGCUGCUCGUCGACACCUCGACAGAGAGCCUCAGCUGGAUCCAGAUCAUCCGGCUCCUGCGCGUCGGCCGUCUGUUGCGGCUGAUGUUUUUCUUCCCCGUGCUGAGGCUGAUGUUGAAGAGUUUGGCGGGGGCCUUCAGGGUCAUGUUCUUUGGCAUGGUGCUCGUGCUCGUGGUGGUCUUUGUCUGGGCCGUCUUUGGAGUGUACUUCAUCCACCCUCGCAACGCCGCGGUGGCCGAGGCCGGCGUGUACGACAGCCGCUGCGCCCGUUGCCCUGGCGCCUUCAGUUCGGUCUUCGAUGCGGUGGUCACGCUCACCAAGGACCUGGUGGCCCAGGACGGCUGGGGUGAGAUCGCCAUGCCCGUGAUCGAGGCCUACCCAGAGACCUACAUUUAUUUUUUCCUCGCCUACAGCACGGUGACCAUUGCCAUCUUGAACCUGAUACUCGCGGUCAUAGUGGACACCGCGCUGGAGGCCAGGAAGGACGACAUCCAUGCGGUGGCGAGGGUCAAGAGGGAGCAGCGCUCCGCGAACGCAAAACGCCUGCAGGAGCUCUUCAGUGAGCUGGACGUGGAUGGCAAUGGCGUCCUGACGCACGCGGAGCUGGAGAAGGCCUUCGAGACUCACGAGGAGUUCAUGGAUAUCAUGACAGCGAUGGAUAUUUGUGCUCAUGAUUUAGACACCAUCUUCCUCAUUAUGGACGAAAACGGCACUGGCGACAUCGACCACAAAGAGUUCGUUAACGAAUUGCAUAAGAUGCAGGCUGGUGACUCUCACACCAUGUUGGUAUUUAUCAGGUGUAUGGUUUCGCAGAUCCGCAACAUGCUUAUGACCCAGAUGAAGGAGAGCGAAGGAGUCUGUCAAGCAUCUUCUGCUCUGAGCUGA